UGGAAGCUGAGAGAAGGAAUCAGAAUUAAUUCGGUACAAUUUAAUCACUGAAAUUUGGGAGAUAAAUACAGUUGACAUUGAAACCAAAUGAGAAAGUGUAUUCUUUUAAAGGGAAAAAGAAAGUGACCACACAGUGGUGAGUUCACAGUAAACCAACUGGGCUAAAAUGGCUUUGGCGACUAACUCCGUUAAUAGUAUUGAAUGAGUUAAUGGUUUCUACAAAUACGAUACAAGGGUGGUUGUAACAAAUGGUGGGUAAACUUGAGUCAGUGCGCUCACACAAACUGUUUCAGGCUAUCUAAUUCAACUUUGUUCCGUCAACGUUUGUUUCAAUUAAGCAGAUGGAAGUUGUGGUCCAGAGGUCACUGACGACAGCCCGCUCACAUAGUAGUUUACAACCUUGAAUGAGUGGGUGAGCAACGGUGCACAGUCAAGCUGCAAGAUGAAGCACUUACUACUUUUUGCCGUUUUUUUGGCUACAUUUCACAUCGUCCAUUCUGAUAUUCCAGAAUUUUGCCAAUUACCUGAGAGUGAAGGUGAUGGGGAGAAAUUCAUCAUUGCUUUAUUCUACGACAUCAACAAAGACAUGUGCAGCCCAUUCAUAUACAAAGGCCAAGGAGGAAACGAGAAUCGUUUCCUAAAUGAACGGGACUGCAUGAGGAACUGCUCGGCCAAUUUGGAGAAAAGUUACCCAAAAGAUGCAACAGCAAUGUGCAUCUUGCCGAAGCUAGAAGGUGGAUGCAACGGUAAAUUUCUGAGAUACUACUACAAUUCUGUUUAUGGAAAGUGCAAAAAAUUCCUUUGGACCGGCUGCCAUGGAAACGGAAACCGAUUUUUCGACCAUGACAGCUGCAAUUCCACAUGUGCCGGUAUUUUCGAUAACCGAGAAGAAGAGGAAGAAGACGAGCCAGACACGCCAAUUGCAAUCAUCUGUGGAGUUUUACUUGGGGUCAUCAUCCUGAGCAUCUUCAUAACUGUCAUCGUUCUGACUGUUCAAUCAAAGAAUAAGCAAAAGAUGUCAAGCAAAAGUAAGGAUGAACAGCCUGACGCACCUCUCAGGGGCAUUGAAAUGGCCUAAUCCAUCAAACACUUUGAGUGAGUGUGUAUUUUUAAGUGUUGCUACCAUACUCUGUGUGACCACCACUAUCUUUGUUGUUUUGACGUUUUUCUCAACAGUCAUUUUGAUAAUUGGUUACUAAAUUUAAUUUACUCUGAUAGUAAAUUAAAUUUACAGUAAUAAGAAAUUAGAUAUUUCAUUUUUUACAGGUACUGUACAUGUGGUUGGUUGUGUGCUUAUUCAAUAAUCUAAAAAAAAACACAUUUAAACAGGAUAAAAAUUUGUCUACAUAUGAGGUACUGAAAUAUGUCCACUUUUGUAAAUGUGCUAAUUUUGUGUCGCUUUUCGGUGCACCUUAAUGCCAACAUACAGUACACAGUUGACUGUUGUGUACAAACUAUGACCUAUGGCAAAUUUUGCUUGUAUAUGCAUUUUCCUGACACAGGAAGCCAAGGAACACGGUAAAUCAGUGUUGGAAUAUUGUACCAUUUUAUCUGCAUAUGCAGGUUGUU